CUCGCUACCAAAUGGACAUUGUCCAUCAAUGGCCGCUCUCCAUCUCAUUGAAUCCCAGAAAGCAAGCAAGACCCACAACAAUGGCAUCCCUCUCCCACCUCGCCAAUGGCAAUCACCACCCCGACCCUCUCCUCCACUCCGCUCUCCGUUCCGCAUCUCUUCGCUUCCACGAAUCCCAUCGUUCAGCCCCUCUCUUCCUUGACCCCUACUGCGGCUGCUUCCUCUCUCCGGAUACCGCACCACCUUCUGCUUCAACGCCCUAUCGUUUGGCCACGAAGUUCAUCGAUGAUGAGUUGAUGAAUAGGAUGAUGAGCGACGAUGAGCUUAGGCAGGUUGUCUUGUUCACAGAUGGGAUGGAUACUCGUCCUUUUAGGUUAAAUUGGCCGAGAUCUUCUGCCAUUUAUGAUGUUUCUCCUGGGAGUGUCUUCCAAUUUGCUUCUCAGAGACUUAAAGAUGUUGGAGCUAAGAUAUCAAGGACCUGCAUGCUGCUUCACGUUCCUUCAGAGUCCUCAAAUAUACAGGAACGCUUAUGUGAGAAAGGCUUUAAUGGAAACAGGCCAAGCAUUUGGGCUCUUCAGGGGCUGCCACUAAUGACAUCAGCAAGUUUCAAUGACCUGCUUUUCCUUGUUAGUUGCUUGGCCAUGAAAAGCAGCAUUUUCUUGGGAGAACUGCCUGGUUGGUUAUUAGGGACUGAAUUCGGAAACAUGCAGGCUGCCACUCGGAAGUGGAUGGAGAGUCUUUUCAUGAGUCAUGGCUUUCAAGUGAGCAUAGUCAGCUACGCCGAGGUUGCAAGAAAGCUGCACCUAGAACCUCCAACUGAAAAUUUAUGCAGUGCUCUUUUUGUUGCCGAACAGCUGCGAUUUUCUGAUGCGCAGAUGGAGAGAUGGAGGUCAGAAUUCGACAGACUAGAGGAUGAAGGAGACGAAGAAGGAUUCGAGGAACUAUAGUAUAAUAUUAUUAUUCAAAGAUAAGUUCUCCGGCUCUUAAUUUAUUUUGUGUCAUAUAUGUGAAACUAUAGCAUGACUGCCAUGACUGACAAUUCCAAGUUACUUGUCCUAUUUUAUUUAUACACUUUCAAUGCUUCAUUUAGUUAGUUAUUGAGGGCACAAUUUGACUAGAAAAUUGGCCCCUGAUGUUUAAUUUAUGAAAGUAGAUGUAUUUAUCUUUAGAUCCAAAUUAUAUCAUCUUUGUCAGUAAAUGUUAUGUUUGAUA